UUGACUCAGACAAACUGUAGGUAUGUCAGUACAGAGUCUCCAUUAAAGACCUUGGAUGUAGUAAAGACUGUGCUGCUGUUUCCCAGCCCUGCAUGGGAGCUGUCUCCUGUCAUCUUCAUUUUCUCCGGCAUGGCAUUUCAGUGGAAGUAGCCCUCAGAGUGGAAGAUGGUUUUUUACCCUCCCUCAGGUCACAGCCGGACCCCCCUCCAUGCCUAAUGGCACAGUGACAGUGAAAACUCGUCUUUUGUGAAGGUUAAGUAUGACGGCAGCAGCAGGUGUGCUAACAGGCUUGGCAAAGCUAAAACGCCAAGACUCUGCCCGCUCUCAGCACCGACCCAUACCACCUACAUCCCCAGGCCUGGGAAACCCCGCCCCAGAGGCCGCCCCCAGAAAGAGAAAGCGACGCACUGAUGUUGUGGUGGUACGCGGCAGGCUCCGCCUCUACUCCGCCUCUGGGUUUUUCCUUCUCCUCGGACUGGUCAUCUUAGCCAUAGGGAUCGGCAUGGCGACACUGGGUUACUGGCCGCACAGUGAAACCAUGCCCUCAGCCAAAUCGGUGACCCGAGGGGGAUCUAAGACAGCUACUGCUGGAGGAGCCAAAACAUCUUCCACAGGUGAUGGAAAUGGGGCUCACAUAUCUGUCACAGACGGGGAAAUGGCUAACUCCAGCACAAGUCAUAAUGUGCAAGGUACGCCCUCCAAGCAGACCGGGGGAGCUCUGACACGCUUCCUGGAACAGCAUCGGCACUCUGAGAGGAUGAAGAUGUUCGGGCCUUUCACCAUGGGCAUUGGGAUUUUUAUCUUCAUCUGUGCUAAUGCCAUACUUCAUGAAAACAGAGACAGAGAAACAAAGAUAAUCCAUAUGAGAGACAUGUACUCCACAGUCAUUGAUAUCCAUCGCCUCAGGCAGAAAGAGCAAAAACAACAGCAUCACCGCAACAGCACCUAUGCCCGAGAGGUUGGCGACCUACGAACCUUUGGAGCUGCCAGCAACUCCCUUCUGGCCUUCUCCUCUCGGGCAGGGGGAAUUGCCGGUGGGGGCUCUACAGAGGAUGAGGUGCUGUUAGGGGAUGAGGAGUUUCACAAACACAGGGAUCAGGCUAAGUUGGAUUGUAGCUUCGCAGGCCUGCUGGCGCCGCUCUACAAGGAUCGUCCCUUCUGUGGUCCAGGGCUCGGGCUCACUCACUCGGAUUCCAUUCGACAUCAGUGGUCGGUGGACGGAGAUGGGGAGAAGGGAGGACACCAUGCUCGCUCAAUUGUCUCCUCCUCUAUCUCUGCAUUUACCCUGCCCGUUAUAAAACUCAACAACUGCGUUAUUGAUGAACCGGAGAUGGAGGUGAUUACUGAGGAGGACAGAGGAGGAGAGAGAAGAGAGGGAGAGAGGUCACAGCCCCUGAGCUCCAUGGAGUCUCUGGCGGUCCCUGUAGCAUCUGUUGCCAAGGCCUCCAAACCACCGAGCUUACACCGGAGUAACUCCGCCUCCUCCUAUUCCCACUGCUCCUCUAUCUCCUCUUCCUCCCUCUCCCCUGCUCCCUCCUCUACCUCAGGCUGCUGGCUGUCCCCUGGAGCAGCAAGGAGUGACUUUGGCUCCAACUCAUCUCUGCAAAUGCUCAGCAGCCACUCCAAAUCUCUGGACCUGGAGCGCGGGCCCAGCAUGCUCAGCGUGCAUCCGGAGCAGCGGAAGCACCCCAGCUGGCCCCGCCUUGACCGUAGCAACAGCAGCCGCAGUAACAGUGGCAACCGGGGCAGCAGUAAAGGCUACAUGCGGCUGGAGGACAGGGAGGAGCAAGGGGAGCGGCUGCUGGAUGUGUCAUCGUCUGUGACAGCGAGGCGUGACUACAGUAAGCGUGAGAAGCUGCUAAUGAUAUCGAGGUCGCAUAAUAAUCUGAGCUUUGAGCAUGAUGAGUUUAACAGCAACACACUGAAGAGAGGCAGCUCUGAGACUCGAUUCUGAAGGUCCUGAAGUAAAGGUUGUUCUUUUUCUGUAAAUUGCUCUCCAGACAGUCUGAGUGUACAGUGUUUGUGUCAGGGGGAACUGACGAGUGUAACAGCUGCACCCCGGAGAGAGGAAACACUAACGUGGUUUCAAAAACACUUUUUUGCGCAGCAGGCUGGAGAGUAGUGAAUGAUGGACCGUCUUGUAAAAGGACCAUCAGUAAAAGGUUCAGACCUCAUGUCAGCGAGACACUGAAUGCCUACUGCACCAGGUCCAGUGGUGCUGUUCUGUAGCCGACCCUGACCUGUGACCUCUGUGGAGGGAGGCAAGGGAAGGGAGAAUCUUUCUACAGGGAUGAAAUAAAGAAAGUCACGAUACAUCAUCAGUUUACUUUAUACAAAAAUAGUUCUUGUAAGUUUGAACAGGAUAUCAACCCUGAGACGAGGCUUUAGGAUCGAUACUGUUUCAUUGUAACAGGCUUUGAAAAUUGCUUUUUGGUGACAGGAUUACAUUCAGGCAGCUGCUGUGAAAUCAAUGACAAAUUGAAAGAGCUUUGAGCAAGUUUUCUCAGUGACAUAAAAGCAAAUUCUUUAUAACACAGCCAAGACCAAACCUGAGAAAUGAGCAAGACCAGUUUAAUAUCAGAAGAAGAGAAAUAUUUAUCUAUACCGCACGUUUGAAAACAAAGCUACAAAGUGCUUAAUAAGGUUGUAUAGAGAGACGAAGGCUGAUGAUGGUAAUUUUCAAUUAACACAGAUAUGACAACUAAACUGAUCCAGAACCGGCUGGUAACUUAUUACCCGGUGUAAACCUGUGUAAGAGCAUGUAACAGAAUACUGCAGUGACAAGGCUCCUAAGCCCAAAAGAUAUAGAUAUUAGUGGUAAGCUACUUGUUUUCACUGUGGUUACAGUGUUUGUCUGAUCCUCAGACUGUAGUAGAUAUAGAGACUGGGCCACACAAAGAGCAAAGUCAGACAAAGUCGGUUACUUCAAUGUCAGUAGGCCAGAGAAAAUCGAGCUGACAGGCUGGAAAAUACAAUAACAGAGUCUGUGUUACCCUGCAGUCACAAUUUUACUGCCCUUUCUCUAGAACUGUAGUAGGAAGUUUUGUAUGUCCACUACUGAAAAAUGGACUUAACAAUCACUGUCAGUUUAUUUCUCACUAAAAAAGAUUGUGAUUGACUUCACUCAGGAUAUGCAGUGUAUUGUUUGUAUAUUGAUCAUUUUUGUCUCUUCAUAAACCUAUUUAGUAGAAAACCCUACUAUUUGAGUAUUUGUAGACCAGAAGUCUGAUGAUUAGGUUUGUAAGUAAUGAUUUUUCUGUGAACACAUUUACCAGAGCUCAAGUCAAACUAGAAGUCAAAAAAGUUAUUCAAUUUAUAAAGCAAAUAGUCACAUCUGAGGCAUUUCUGCUUCACAAAUUACUUUAACAAUUGAGCUAUUCGGAUUGUCAUCGAUUCAUUUUAGGCUCUGCAUGACUGAUUGAAGACUACCUGAUCAGUAUAAAACAGUGAUGAUAGAGUACUGAUUUUGCAUUGAGCCGACACUAAAUCACUACAUACACACCUAUCUUUAUAAAUCCAGGGACUUGUACACAAUGAAAUGUCAGCCAUGCUGUUUUCCGUCACAUUUCUCAUUUGGCGACAAAUCUUUUGUUGCUUUUUUAAAAAUUUUUUAUUCACCGUGUGAUGAAGAUCGGAGAAUUGAGUUCAGGAAUUCAGCUACUGAGCGUCAUUGUAAUAAUGUCUCAGAAUAUGAUCUUUUCUCAUUACGUCAUCACAUGUUGGAAGUGUGUGUCCGAGCCGACAUGAUGCGUCUGUAUUGCUCAAUAGCUGUUUCAUAUUCUGUUUUGCUGUCAGAUUGAACACAUCUGUAAAUGUUGUUAGGAAUAUGUUCUGUGCUGCUUUUAAUGAAAGACAUGUGAAGAGUAACACAUGUUGUCAUUUUGAAAUCUAACCUGAUGUGUGGUGAAAAAGACAGAGCCCCUUUUAAGAGUACAGGAAUCUUACCAGAGAGCUUCAUUAACUGGUCCCCAGCAGUUUAUGGGUCAAUGUCUAAUUUUGUCCUCUCUGAAAAUAAACUGUA